AUGUGCACAGUCGGUAUUAUGGCACGUUUUGCGAUAUCAGCCCUGGCUUUGGGCCUUGUUGCCUGCGCAUACGCAGCUCCAGGUUAUGGUGGUGGUAGCAACGGCGGUGGUGGCUUCGGCGGCGGUGGCGGUGGCGGUGGCGGUGGAGGCUUCGGAGGAGGCGGCGGUUUCGGAGGCGGUUUUGGAGGCGGUAAAGGGAGCGGUGGUGGCGGCGGCUUCGGAGGCGGCGGCGGUGGUCUAGGCGGCGGCCACGGAGGCGGCGGUCUGGGCGGCGGCCAUGGAGGCGGCGGUCUGGGCGGCGGUGGACUCGGUGGCGGUUUGGGCGGCGGCCAUGGAGGCGGCGGUGGACUCGGUGGAGGACAUGGCGGCGGCGGCGGACUCGGCGGUGGUGGCGGCCUUGGCGGUGGUGGUUUGGGCGGUGGCCAUGGAGGCGGCGGCCAUGGAGGCGGCGGACACGGAGGUCAUGGUGGAUUCGGUGGUGCAGGUGCAUCUGCCAGUGCUAGCGCCGGUGCCGGUGGAUACGGCGGUCACAAGGGCGGUUACGGACGCUAACCGUCGCAGAUCGGAUCUUGCCAGUAUUUACAUAAGAAAAUAAUCCAAAAGCUCAAUGUGAUAUAAAUAUUAUAAUGUGUUUUGCCAUAAAAUUUUGUACAUAGAAUAUAUGUAUGUAAAUUUACAAUACAAUAUUUUUUACUU